UUUUUCUCCAAACAUCAACGCCUAAGAAAAACCAAUCUGGUUUUAGUCUUUUUGCUUAGCCUAACUAAAUCCUCCAGUAACUAUCACAAACACCCUUAAAUGCACAUCCCAUCCCCCUCCCAGCUCCUGUCUUUUUUGCUACUGACCCAAUGCUUCAUUUCUUCAGUCUAGAGCUUGUCUAGUUUUGGUGGUUGUUUUUCUCUAUAUAUGGAUUUUGGGGUGGUGGGUUUGGAUGGGUGGGUGGGAUCAGACACUUCUACCAGCACUACCACUUCUGGUUUAGCCUCUCUUGCUUCAGAUCCUGAGACAAAGCAGAAGUGGUACGGAUCUGGGUUUCUCAAGCAGGAAAGAUCUGGUACUAAUGAGGAUGACUGGAGAAGCUCCAAAGUGGCCAAAACAGAGGAUUUCUCAGCUUCCAAGGCAAUGCUGUUGCAGCAGAGGAACAGUUUACUGAGAUCCAACAGCUCUAUCUUCCCUGGUGUGCACCAGAAUCAGCAAAUGCUCAACUUCUCUUCCACCAAAUCAGAGGAUAAAUGCUCCCAAAAUGUCACAUUCCCUUACUUACAUCUCACACAUCCUGCUUUCAGCAGGAACACAGGCUACAACAAUGGAGGUUUGAAUGCUGCAAACAUGCAUGGGCUUGUAGCAGGGGCUAGAGGGCCAUUUACCCCAUCUCAAUGGAUUGAGCUAGAACACCAGGCCAUGAUCUACAAGUUCCUCGAUUCAAAUAUGCCCGUACCAUCCCAGCUUCUCCUCCCUAUAAGAAAAGCCUUUGAUUCUGCUGGCUUCUCUGGUUUUUCCGGCGGAUUCCUCCGACCCAAUACAUUGGGAUGGGGAGCUUUCCAUCUGGGAUUCUCAAGUAAUACCGAUCCGGAACCGGGACGGUGUAGGAGGACGGAUGGGAAGAAAUGGCGGUGCGCGAGAGAUGCGGUUGUCGACCAGAAGUAUUGCGAGCGGCACAUGAACAGGGGCCGCCAUCGUUCAAGAAAGCCUGUGGAAGGCCAAUCGGGCCAUUCCGCCGCCGCCACUGACAACAACACCACCAACCUGAUGCCUGCUGCAUCCUCCUCCUCGGCAUCGGUGGUCGGACCCAACAGUGGCGUCGGUGUUUCCAACAGCCUCACCGUUGCUCGGCAGCAGCAGUUCAAGAACUUGCAGUCUGGCAGUGCAUCUAAUCUCACCACAGCAGCUCCCCUCAACAGGAUGUAUCUAAACAGGGAGAAUGGGGCUGAAAGAAUGCAAGACACACCUGGCCUCUCCAUGAUAUCUAAAGAAAGUCCAUUCUUCAUCCAAAAGCAGCAGAACCCAUUUGAAGAAACCACAAGAAAUCAGUUUGGAGUUGUUUCUUCUGACUCCCUCCUUAACCCUUCCCAUAAAGGAUCUUCCUUGAUAAACUGCAGAAACUUGAGUUCUUCUCAAGAUCUCACCAGCCAAGAAACUGAAUCACAGCAUUCCCUCCGCCAGUUCAUGGACGACUGGCCUAAAAGCCAGUCUGAUCGCUCUGCCAUUUCCUGGCCUGGAGUGGAUGUGCAAUCAGACAGGACUCAGCUUUCAAUUUCGAUACCCAUGGCUGCUUCAGACUUUUUGUCUUCAACUUCCUCUCCCAAUAAUGAAAAGGUCACGCUCUCACCUCUCAGACUAUCGCGUGAAUUUGGUCCUAUACAGAUGGGGCUAGGAGUGGGCAGUGUUCAAAACCAGAGACAAGCAAACUGGAUCCCCAUCUCUUGGGAGACUUCAAUGGGUGGUCCUCUUGGGGAGGUUCUGCAUAACACUAAUAACAGCACAGCAGACUGCAAGAACUCAUCAGCCCUCAAUCUGAUGACUGAGGGCUGGGAUAAUAGUCCUCAGUUAGGAUCAUCUCCCACUGGUGUCCUACAAAAAACUACCUUCGGAUCCCUCUCAAAUAGCAGUGCAGGAAGCAGUCCACGAGCCGAGAAUAACAAGACUCGUGAAGGGGCCAGCCUUUGCAGUGACCUCCUUGGCUGAACCAUUGUGCAUUCCUCCUCUUUGCCAGCUUUAUAAGUUGACCCACCCCUAUGGCCUGCAAAGCAAGAAGUCUCUUAGGUGAAUGCAAGACAAAGAAGAAGAUGAUGAUGUUGAAUUAUGAGUGUCUUUAUUUUUCUUUCUUGCUAUCUAUGCUGACAAAUAUGAAGCAUUAAUUUUGUAAGUUUUUAAUUUUUGUAAUCUGCGUACCCUUUAGCCAUGGUUUGCUUGGAAAAAUAUCGAACUUGACUGAUUAGGGCAUUAGGUAAAGGAAGUUUGUGUUUUAAUUUUUAAAAUUUUAAGUACUUCGAGCACAUGUUCGUUGAGAUUAAGACAUUUACAAGUACCGUACUACCAAUGUUAUUGCUGUUGGUUGGCAAGCAUUAAAGUAUGGAGGUUGCU